ACUGGCGAAGGGAGAUCUCCGCGCCAGCGCCGCGAGCCACCGCUGCGUUUCGACGGUCUCGACCGUUGGGAAUCUAACUUCGUUGGCCUCAGGCAAGACGUAAGGCCGUCUAAACUUCAGCACUAUCACUUUCCGCCGGUCCUUCGAGACGGUUCCGGACACCUGGGGGGCGGUACGUGUCACCUCUCUGCCGCCUAUUUUCGUGCCGGUGUCUGCUUGCGCUGAGCCCGGUGCGAACCCCGGAUUAGUGCAAAGUGCGCCGGUGGAAAUCAAGCGCAGUGGAUGUGUGUGUGUGUCUGUGCCGACGAUAACGAUGUGGGAUGUACAGUGUGAAGUGUAGCGUUCUCGAGUGCCUUGGAAGAUCUGCGCCAGUGAAGUGGAACAAGACGUGAUAUCCAUAUCGUAUGGCGGAUAAUUUGCCGGGUACGACAAACUAAAAUUAUCAGUGACUAGAUGAAGAUGUGUCGUACGCGUACAAAACGUACGGUCCUUCCGCGCAUGAAUCCGUACCGGCACCGCACUCAUUAAGUAAGAGGAAGAAACAGAGACAGUGAACAGGUGCGGCUGGUAUGAGAUUCAAGUAUGUUGAUCCGGGGCAUAAUGGACGUGUAAAUAUCUCCGUUUUCUAACGUAGCCCAGCUUCAACGAAGUCUGGCAGAGACACUGUUACACACUGGCUCCACAAGAGGGACGAGUGGAUACUGAAACUAGGAGACAUGUUGCUCACGCACAACGGACUUCUGGAAGCCGCGAUAGUGUCUGCCGUGUUGGCAGGAACCACCGCUUGUUCUGUGCGUCGCCUCAACACCAGGCAGUGUCGAUAGCUAAUCAAAAGAGGUUGCAUGGAUGCUGGGCUAGGAAUCCCGUGUCUCGGAUGGCCGCCAUGUGCAUAUCCUUGUGGUAUCUGUGGUUGUGGCUCCUGUGCGGCAACACGCACGCAGAGUUCACGCGUCUCAGCUCACGGACGGUGACCACCAAGUACGGUGCACUGAAAGGGUACAUCGAGACACCGUCGGGUCGUCACCUGCAGCCGGUGGAAGUGUUCCUGGGUGUUCCGUACGCGACACCACCGACUGGGCCCAUGCGGUUCAUGCCGCCCGGAACCCCCGUGCAUUGGCGGGGCGUACGCAUGGCCGACCGACCGUCGCCCGUCUGUCCGCAGAGGUUCCCGGACAUUCGGAAUGAGAGCGAGGCACUCAAGAGGAUGCCCGUGGGCAGACUGGAGUACCUGCGACGGCUGUUGCCCCACCUGCAGAAACAAAGCGAGGACUGUCUCUACCUGAAUAUCUACACGCCGGCAGUAGUGGGUCGAGACACAGUGCGACUUCCAGUGAUGAUGUUCAUCCACGGAGAAUCUUACGAGUGGAACGCGGGAAACCCCUACGACGGCACAGUCCUUGCAUCCUACGGUAACGUGGUCGUCGUCACGGUCAACUAUCGAUUAGGUAUCCUCGGAUUCCUUCCGGCAAUGGAAAACAGCGCCCGUGGCAACAACGGGCUCAUGGACCAGGUGGCUGCGCUGCACUGGAUCCAGGGAAACAUCGCCGAGUUCGGAGGGGAUCCUCGGAACGUGACCGUCUUCGGUCACGGCACCGGUGCAGCCUUUGUCAACUUGCUCAUGCUCACGCCCAUGGCACGAGGUCUCUUCCAGCGUGCCAUCAUGAUGUCCGGUUCAGCGCUAAGUCCUUGGGCCUUAGCGAGGGAUGCGGCUGCACACACGCUCCAAGUGGCCACGAGUCUCGGUUGCCCGCCGGACAACCAAGGUCUGGUGGAGUGUCUCCGAGUGCGUCCUGCUGCCGACCUUCUGCGCGCACAAGUCAACGUACCAGACCACCUCAGCGCAUUCGGCCCCACUGUAGAUGGGAUUGUGCUCGCCAAAGAACCUCAGUUACUAAUGGAAGACUUCAAUACGCAGUAUCGGAACUACGACGUCAUGAUGGGCGUGUCCCGUCUCGAGUCUUACUUCUUCAUCACGGCUUCGGAAGAAAAGUACGGCAUCGAGGUGGACCGUCGGGAUCGCAUCCUCCGGACCCUCGUCAGAAACCUCUACUCGUACCAUCAACAGGAGAUUUUCCUCACCAUUGUCAACGAGUACACGGACUGGACGAAACCUUUCCAGCACCCAAUGAAUAUCCUUGAUGGCACGAGCGAGGCGGUGGGCGACGCGCUGGUCGUGGCGCCUCUGAUACGGGCAGCCAAUCUCCAUGCACAGGUGGCGCCAGCUACCUUCCUCUACGUCUUUGCCUACCAGAGCGAAGCCGGAGACUACCCGAGCCGCUUAGGUUGCAUCCACGGCGAGGAAUUGGCCUACCUGUUCGGCGCUCCCCUGGUCACUUCGCUCGCGCACUUCCCGCGGAAUUACACGAAGGCGGAGCAGUCCUUGUCAGAGGCCACAAUGACGUUCUGGACAAACUUCGUCAAGUACGGCGACCCGAGCUACUCAAUGCAAGAUGCGGAGCUGCACAGCGACAGAGCCAAGGGUCGCUUUGAACGCUUAGUGUGGCCCCCCUACGAAGCAUCGCAUCAAAAGUACCUCCUUGUAGGCAUGAAGCCCAAAGUGAAGGAUCACUACCACGCACACCGCCUCUCCUUGUGGCUCCACCUCAUCCCGCAACUCCACCGACCUGGCGGACCCGAAGUUGGCGUCACACACCACCUUCUCGACGACCACGACAAUCCGCUCAGUUACGACGGCACCGUGCGCUCAGACAAGUCCCCGCUGGCCAGUUCCUCCUCCACGUCCACCACUACCUCGUCGUCCUCCUCGCAGCCCUCUGGUUCCUCUUCGGGAGCUCCUCAUCCUCUGUCGCCAGCGGGACUACAUCCGGGAAACGACAGCACGCGUGGUGCAGCAGCGGCACCGACGCUGGAAGCGACCCCAACGUCGAACCCACUCAACCUGUCCGACUCCAUGAUGGUGCUCUUGCAGUACGGCGGCUACUCGACGGCCCUUAGUGUUACUAUCGCCGUCGGAUGCUCGCUGCUCAUCCUCAACGUGCUCAUCUUUGCCGGCGUCUACUACCAGAGGGACAAGACAAAGCUAGAGGCCAAGCUGCAGAAACGCAACUAUAAGGCUGGAAUGCCACCAGACCCAGACACACCGUCUACGGCGCCAGCGGCUCCGAGCAAACAACAACUAAGUGCCCUACGGGCACCACCUCCCUCACCGGUCGGCGUGUCUCAACAGCAGCAGGGUGGCUGCUGUGGUGCCCCACCUCCUGCAAACGACCCGCGGAUGGUGGCGGCCACACUGCCACCCAAGGUUCCUCCCAAGCGAGAUGCCGAUGGCAGAGUUCGACGAAGCCCCCCCUACGCCUCAUCAUCCUCAGCAGCAGGAGAGCGUGUGCAUCAUGCAGUGGAGGAAGCCCCUCUGAGAGAGGGACACAAGCGCUCCAUUUUUCGGAGGGACUUCAACGGCGACGCCUUCGCGAGCUGCAGGAAGGCAUCAACGCUGCCGGGUCCAAUUCGCCAGCUGUCUCACUACAACGGAGCCAGUGCAGAUGACCUGUUCGUACACCAAGCGCCCGGAGGUCUGUUGUCCACAGCAGGCAUUCCACGCUACGUAUCAUCCAUAGGCACCGCUCACACUGCCGAGGAGCUGGGCCUGCUGGGCAUCCGUGAUACUCCUACACGGAGGAAUGUUGAAGAUAUCCGAGGACAGCAAGGAAAACUGCGGCAUCCUGAAUUCAGGGUUCUCUGCGAUGUCCUUCCAUCUGGUUGCUUGUGUCGUGGAGGGUUGGAGUAGUGCAACUUGCCCGCAACUGUCUUUUUCUUUUAUUAAUACACAACUAUAGAAGGCUGUCCUUCGUUUGUUGGACGAUGACAAGACGCAAACGGCAGAUUGUUCCUAAAUAAUCCCGGUUUUCUAACUCAUAUUCGUGAGAGCUGUUGAGUGUCCUACGUUACAAGUGCUACUAUAUUUCGGUUUAUUUUUUUUUUUUUCGUGCUCAGAACUGGUACGUAACAAUUAAAUGGUACAGAUAAGUAAGAUUUACGAGCCUUUAUCCUUUACCCUCAGGCGCUCCUUUGCACACUUACAACAGCCAAGACAACAUGAGGACUAAUUUAUUUUUUUAUAACCCUAUCUGUACUUACUACUAACAAAGCGGGGCGAGACGCUUUGAGAUUCCCGAAGUGUGAAAGCUCUACAAAGGAAACUCUACCAGCACCUCAGUGCUCAAACGUAAAAAAUAAUGUUGUUGGAACUCGACGUUUAAAGCGUACCCUCUGUCGCCCUUGUUGCCGCGUGCUUUGGUACGACCCCACGUGGCGCCACUACUCCAACCUGGACACUACACGACGACAAUCACAGAUAUGUGAAUCAUGUGAAUCGUGAAUCAUGGAAGCCUUGUGAAGUGCUAUACUCUCUGUGCAAGUGCGCGAAGCUCCACACACGUAUCAUCGGAGGGGAUACUUUUUUUUUUAGACUGACUAUAUCUCGAAAUGAAGUGAAAUCACGGCAGCUGACUUGACCGAGGGAUUCCGUGCCGUCCCUGCGAACACGUGCACUCACACCUGGACAUGUUGAUAGAACAUGCCGCAUUUCUAGAACUUGUUCUAAAAAUCGUUAUCGCGAAACAGACUUGCGAGACGUCUUAUGGACGAGGCAAAAGUGUACAUACGAGGUACAUACGUUUUAGUUAAUAAAAUCAAUCGUUGAAAGUUGA